AUGGAUUUUCUGUUUGGCAGAAAGAGGACGCCGGCUGAGAUGCUGCGGCAAAAUCAGCGGGCCCUGAACAAAGCGAUGCGCGAGCUGGACAGGGAGCGGUCGCGUCUGGAGAUGCAGGAGAAGAAGAUCAUCGCGGACAUCAAGAAGAUGGCCAAAAUGAAUCAGAUGGCUAGUUGCUUUUUCGCAGCAUUCCUUUUUUGCUCGUCUCUGUUGCCCAGCUGCUGA